UGCUGAUAACUUUGCAGACGACUAUCCUGAAUCGAACACGAAUUGACGAACAAUCGCCUUGAAGAUUGAAGUGCGAAGUGUUUGAAAAUAAUGUCUGCAGGAGCUCUUUGUGAAACCCCAGGUUGUGACCAAGAAGCCCGGUUACAAUGCCCGACUUGCAUUAAACUGGGCAUUAAAGGAUCGUUCUUUUGUACACAAGAAUGUUUCAAAAAAAACUGGAAUGUGCAUAAGAGUGUCCACAAGAAAGAAACAGUGACAGAGCCCGUCGCGUACAAUCCUUGGCCUGGUUUCCCGUUUACCGGUACUUUACGUCCAUAUCCUCAGACCCCCAAACGCACCAUCCCUACACACAUUGCUAGACCAGAUUAUGCUGAUCAUCCUGAAGGACAUCCACUUGGAGAACAGUCUGCUAGAGGAAGUUCCUAUAUUAAGGCUUUAAGUGAUGAAGAGAAAGAAGGAAUGAGAGUUGUCAGCAAGCUUGGUAGAGAAAUCUUGGAAGAAGCAGCAAAUGCUGUGGCCGUAGGGGUCACAACAGAUGAGAUUGAUAGGAUUGUCCAUGAAGCCUGCAUUGAGCGGGAGUGCUAUCCAUCACCAUUAAAUUAUUAUGAAUUCCCAAAAUCCUGUUGCACUUCUAUCAAUGAGGUUAUCUGCCAUGGUAUCCCUGAUAAGAGACCCAUGCAAAAUGGGGAUAUAUGCAACAUUGAUGUAACGGCUUACCACCGAGGAUUUCAUGGUGACCUGAAUGAAACCUUAUUCGUUGGUCAGGUUAGCGAGUCUGCCAAGAGGCUAGUGCAAGUCACAUGGGAAUGUCUAGAAAAAGCGAUCGAAAUAGUGAAGCCAGGUGUUAAGUAUCGCGAUGUUGGGGCUGUUAUUCAAAAACACGCCCAAAGCCAUGGAUUUUCAGUUGUUAGGAGUUAUUGCGGACAUGGUAUUCACCAGCUUUUCCACACAGCACCUAAUAUUCCUCACUAUGCAAAGAAUAAAGCCGUUGGAAUCAUGAAGCCUGGUCACUGUUUCACAAUUGAGCCAAUGAUAUCUGAAGGUGUAUGGAAAGAUGAGCAAUGGCCGGACAAUUGGACGGCGGUUACCCAAGACGGUAAACUAUCUGCGCAAUUCGAACAUACAAUGCUCGUGACCGAAACAGGUGUCGAAGUGUUAACUCGACGUUUGGAAAAGGAUGGCUUGCCUUAUUUCAUGACUAUUCGAUAAGGUAUAACUGACCGCUCGCUCCCAUGUUUGUGAGCAUGGCGGGGAUGAAAUACAUGCGGUAUAAAAACAA